ACAUAUGUAGUGCUUAUAAAUCUACAGAGUGGAUUGACCUGUCUGAUCCUAACCCAGUCAAGAAAAAAAAAAAGAAGACUCGCGUUCCGACGCGUAUUCGUGAUUUUUCUUCUGUCUUUCCACAAUUCUUUAACAUAUACCAUGAAUAACUUUUUUCAAGCAAGAUCUUCCAGUAAUAGAGCUUCUACCAAUCUCAAAGAACAAGUAGAGGAAACAACACCUUGGGUUGAAAAAUAUCGACCCAAAUCCAUGAAUGACAUUGCGUCACAGGAACAAGUUGUUAAUGUAUUACGGAAAUCGCUCCAAUCAGAAAAUCUCCCCCAUCUGCUCUUCUAUGGCCCUCCUGGCACUGGUAAAACGUCAGCUAUCCUGGCUCUUGCACGCGAACUAUAUGGACCUUCGCUAAUAUCGUCGCGUGUAUUGGAACUUAAUGCCUCGGAUGAACGUGGUAUUCAAAUCGUACGAGAAAAAGUAAAAAACUUUUCCCGGAGUACAGCAACAAAAAGUGUUGAUGGAUAUCCAUGCCCGCCAUACAAAAUUGUCAUUCUCGACGAAGCAGAUGCAAUGACAAAGGAUGCUCAGUCAGCUCUUCGACGAACCAUGGAAACGUACUCCAAAACAACUCGAUUCUGUAUCAUUUGCAAUUACGUUAGCCGAAUUAUUGAACCUAUUACAUCGCGUUGUGCAAAGUUUCGAUUCAAGCCAUUGCCUCUGAAGGACUUGACAAACCGUUUAGAGUACAUUUGCGCUGAAGAAAAUGUGGAACUUGGACGAGGUACAAUGGAUGCUUUGAUUAAGACAUCCAAUGGUGAUUUGCGAAAAGCCAUCACUUUCUUACAAAGUGCAUCAUCACUUCACAAGGGUGCUCCUAUCAAGGAAAGCACUAUCAAUGAAUUAGCAGGAGUAAUCCCAGACGAAGCAUUUAAUACGGUAGUGAAAGCCUGGCAAUCCAACAUUUUUGAUGAUAUUAAUAAUGCAGCUCAAACUAUGAUGAAUGCUGGAUAUGCUGGCGAAACUAUUGUUAUGCAGAUUCACAAUGCUGUUAUGCGAAACGAAGCAAUCACCACAGUACAAAAGUCAAAAAUCUCACUGCUGUUGGGUCAGACGGAUAUAUGCCUUAUUCAUGGUGCAGACGAUCAUCUUCAAAUCUUAAACCUUAUGCUGGGCAUGUCAUCUAUACUUGCUGAAUAAUAAAUCAAAAGGCUUUUCC